UUGAACCAUUGGUUGCUUGCUUUUGAUCAAAAACCAAUGGAUGUGUAUGUAUGUAUAUAUGCUAACGCUCAAAACUGAUCAGUAGUAUUCCUAGAUUUUUCUUUUUGUUUCACUUGCAGCUAUGGCCUCACAUGCAGCUCUCGCCGUCUCCAGAAUCCCGGUCGCACAGAGGCUGCAGUCUAAGAGUGCCGUGCACUCCUUCCCUGCUCAAUGCUCUUCCAAGAGGCUAGAAGUUGCUGAAUUCUCUGGCCUGCGUAUGAGCAGUAACGGUGGAGAAGCAUCUUUCUUUGAUGCCGUAGCUGCACAGAUCACAGCCAAGGCUGUGACAGCAUCCACUCCUGUUAGAGGAGAGACAGUGGCCAAACUGAAGGUUGCGAUCAACGGGUUUGGAAGGAUUGGUAGGAACUUCCUCAGGUGUUGGCACGGCCGUAAGGACUCUCCUCUCGAGGUUGUUGUCCUUAACGACAGUGGUGGUGUCAAGAAUGCAUCCCACUUGCUCAAGUAUGACUCCAUGCUUGGAACCUUCAAGGCUGAAGUGAAAAUUGUGGACAAUGAAACUAUCAGUGUUGAUGGUAAGAUCAUCAAAGUCGUCUCCAACAGAGACCCUCUGAAGCUUCCAUGGGCUGAGCUCGGCAUUGACAUCGUUAUCGAGGGAACAGGAGUGUUUGUUGAUGGGCCAGGAGCAGGGAAGCACAUCCAAGCUGGAGCUUCAAAAGUGAUCAUCACUGCACCAGCCAAAGGUGCUGAUAUCCCUACCUACGUUAUGGGAGUCAAUGAGAAAGACUAUGGUCACGACGUUGCUAACAUCAUUAGCAAUGCAUCUUGCACUACCAACUGUUUGGCACCUUUUGCUAAAGUCUUGGAUGAAGAAUUUGGAAUCGUCAAGGGGACAAUGACAACCACACACUCCUACACCGGAGACCAAAGGCUUCUAGAUGCAUCACACAGGGACCUAAGGCGUGCAAGAGCCGCAGCACUGAACAUAGUGCCAACCAGCACAGGUGCAGCCAAGGCAGUGUCACUAGUGUUGCCGCAGCUGAAGGGUAAACUCAACGGCAUUGCACUCCGUGUGCCAACGCCAAACGUCUCAGUGGUUGACCUUGUUAUAAACGUUGAGAAGAAAGGUUUGACGGCAGAGGACGUGAACGAGGCCUUCAGGAAAGCCGCUAAUGGACCGAUGAAGGGCAUUUUAGACGUUUGCGACGCCCCUCUUGUCUCUGUUGACUUCAGGUGCUCUGAUGUCUCUACCACCAUUGACUCUUCGCUCACAAUGGUCAUGGGUGAUGAUAUGGUCAAGGUGGUUGCAUGGUAUGACAAUGAGUGGGGUUACAGCCAAAGAGUAGUGGAUUUGGCUCACCUAGUGGCUAGCAAGUGGCCAGGAGAGAAAGCUGUUGGAACUGGUGACCCUUUGGAGGAUUUCUGCCAGACAAACCCGGGCGACGAGGAAUGCAAAGUCUUUGAAUGAAAAAAAGAAAAUGAACUUUUUUUUUCACCAAACAAAUACUUUUAUCAUGAGUUAUUUAUUCGAAAUCAUAUAUAAUGCAUACCGCUUCCUUUUCGUUUAUUGUCGAGUAUAAAAAUUGUUUCAGUGUUAAGGAAAACUUGGCAAUAAAUAAAAGUUUCGCAUUUAGAAAA